AUGUUUGAAUAUUUUACUAAAUUAUGUUUAGAAAAACAAAUAUUAUUUAAUGAAGAAAAUUAUAGAGUUAAAUGUCUUGGGCAUGUUAUUAAUAUUGCUGCUCAGGAUAUUUUAAAAAACCUUAAAGCUGAAGGUCCAAACCAAGAUAAAGAUAUAUUAGAAAAAAAAGAUAAUAUUAAUUCAAUGACUCCAAUAGAAAAG